UCCUAACCUCUCUUGCAAAAUUCCACGUCUCUGUGCGGUCUGUGUGUUUCUCCUGUCAUUCUUGCCCUUUAAUUUUCAUUUUUAACAUCUAUUUUACUAAUAAUCUACGCUCUGCUUCUUGCAAGAUUAGUGGCGCAUAUCGGCGCGAACCGUUUCAAGUGAACAAACCAUUUUCCGUCUCUUCAAUUCUCGUUUCCGUUUGUGUUUUUUAGCUCACAAUGGUCUCUGUUUACAACACGAUUGACACUGGCCACGAAGACCUAAUUCACGAUGCAGAGAUGGACUACUACGGCCUCCGCCUUGCGACCUGCUCCUCAGAUCACUCUGUAAAAAUCUACAAUAUCAGAAAUGGCACGCAAAACAUAAUUGCUGAUCUCAAAGGCCAUUAUGGUCCAGUAUGGCAAGUUGCCUGGGCACAUCCGAAGUUCGGCAACUUACUUGCCUCUUGUUCCUAUGAUCGUAAAGUCAUUAUUUGGAAGGAAAGCGGAGAGUGGUCAAAGCUUUAUGAAUUCAGCAAUCAUGAUUCCUCUGUCAAUUCGAUAGCUUGGGCUCCACAUGAAUAUGGCCUCAUUCUUGCAUGCGGAAGUUCUGAUGGUACUAUUUCCAUUUUGUAUCACUCAUCUGACUCCAGCUCCUGGGAAUCCAAAAAGAUCAUGAACGCACACACAAUUGGAUGCAACACAGUCAGCUGGUGUCCUGCCUUAAGCCCAAUUCCUGCAUUUGACGUCAACACUAGUAGUCGUGCGAAUCCUGUCAAACGGCUUGUGAGUGGAGGGUGUGACAACCUAGUCAAAAUUUGGAAGGAAGAAGGAGACCGUUGGGUGGAAGAAAAGAAGCUAGAACUUCACACCGACUGGGUUCGAGAUGUCGCUUGGGCUCCAUCAAUUGGACUACCAAAAAGCGUAAUCGCGAGCUGCUCUCAAGACAGGCGGGUUGUGAUCUGGACAAGCGAUGACACAAUCAACUGGACGCCAACAACACUCCACACCUUUGAUGAUGUAAUCUGGAACGUCAGCUGGUCCCUAACAGGCAAUAUUCUAUCCGUAUCUGGUGGUGACAAUAAAGUGAGCCUGUGGCGAGAAAAUAAUGAAGGACAGUGGGUUUGCAUUAGUGAGGUAACUAAAGGUCAGGGCCAGAUCUCUAACGAAACAAGGGCCUUGUAGAUAUUUCUUUCAUGUUAAACAUUCUCAUUCAUCAGUGAUAAUCUUUGAACGCACCAACUGGCUCAAAGAUCUUGGCUAAAAUUUCCUGUUUAGGGAGUAUCUGUACUUCUGCCGUGCUUAGGAAGCACGCUGUAUGAGCCUUCAGACGUUGCCAAAUUGACUCUGAUAAAACAAAAAUUUUUGGGUAAACUUGCAAAAACUUUUCUUCUAAUUUUUCUGAGAUUUUUUGCACUUUUAUUUAAAAUCUCAGAAAAUCUGAAGGAAAAGUGAUCAUAAUUUUCCUCAAAAUGAAUCAUUGUAUAGAAGGAAAUAUGGUAACUUCUGAAUGUUAAUAUAGAGUACUUCCUUAGCACGGCAGACUUGUUUAUUCGUUUUGCCACCUACGCUAAGUUUAGCAAUUUAUUCUGAACUGAAACCUAAAAUUUUGUCAACAGUUGCAAUUUUACUGUUUUCACGUCAAAUUGUAAGAAUCAUGUAAAUUUUAAUUUGAAAAUUUUCAGAAGUUCACUGUAGCUCAGAAUUUUCAAUGUGUAUGUAUUUUAAAAUAAACUGUAUUAUUUUGUAAUUCAA